CAAAAUGGCUGUAGAGAAACAGUUGUGAAGAUGUGUCGAUCUACUCACCAAAUUAAUGUGUUGCGUGUUCCAAAUUAGCGACGAGUCCUCUCAUCGAGCCGGAGGACUUUCUGGGAGGUUAGCGGAAGGCUGUGGAAGGUGAAGAGGAGAAAGAAGGGGACUGUGGGUAGUCUUGGGAGAGAGAUGCUGAAGAUUCUUUGGACAAUGUUUCCCAGAUUCUCAUAGUCAUCAGAAAAACAGCUGCUAUAUCAGUGAGUGCCUCUCUAUCGCAGGGAAAUGAGAGACGGCUCCUCCAUCACAUGGCAUACGCUCUGAAGUCUACAUUUACAACUGCUGCCUUUGUUCGACACAGUGCGCGUGAUUCCUGUGAGGUUUUGGAGGAUCUUCGGUGACAGUGUGGCAGGCAUGAAAACCCAAGAGCCCCGUUCCAGCCCUCUGAAAUCACAUACACAGAGUGAGGUACGGCCCCGGUCCCAGACGAAGGUUCUUCAGUUUCGCAGCAUUGCCCCCAAAGCCCCUGCAGUGGUUCCAUCAUCUGCAGUCCUGUCCUGCCAACCUCCCUCAGCCGUUCCAGAAGCAUCCACAGCUGUCAGCCCCAAAUCCAUUCUAGUCCCUGCUCAGAACUAUGCCCUCAUGCAGGUUGCUGGACAAGAGGGGACCUUCUCAUUGGUGGCCUUACCUCACACACAACAGCAACAGCCAAUCCAGAAGAACCUUAAGCUGCCUAUUCCAAGAUACCAACCAGUGAGAAGCAAGAGUGCUCAAGAGAAAUCCAGUUGCAAGACACAGAGUCCUGCCAAGUUUUCGGCUACAACACAGGCUCGAUCAUCUGCUGUAAAAACACAGCAAAGUCCAGACCGAUCAUCUGAGAAGCUUGUUAUGAUUGACACUGCUGCUUCAUCUGAGAUCUGUGUUGUACCCUUACUACCAGGUUCACAGAAGGAUCAAACAGUGGAACAAAAGAUUGAUGCUGGUCUACUCAACAACCUACACUACCCUCCUGGAGCCUCCAAAACCACACUUGAAGUCCCUGUCAAUAAUAUCUCACCGGUUAAAACCCCAAUAGAGGGUCCAGCCUCAGCUGGUGGUGCCAUCACAGUCCUCUCUCCCACUAUCUUCAGUAAAGCUGUUCAGAUCAUUCCAUCGCUACCCAAGGGAAAACUGCCCAUUCUACCUUAUGCCAAGGUGAAGAACUCCCUCCUGGCACCAUCUAGCCUUGCCAGCACCCAGCUCUCAGAGAAGCAGACUGUAAGUGGAGCCAAACCUCCAGACAACAAAGCCAAGACAACAGAAAACAAAGUUAGAAUGGAAAGCCAUGUCCCCAACACCCAAUUUAAGAAACCUCAAGGCAAGAAGCGAGGGAGAAAGAGGAAAACCAUGGAGGAUAUUCUGUCCUUCGAGGCCCGAAAGAAGAGAUCUUUGUCUUUUUUUAGAAGGAGGGUACCUGAGAAACCUCCAACUGGUGUGAGUUCUGCCUCCCAGGAGAAGAUGCUUGACAUAUCAAAAAUGUAUCGAAGUAUUCGUCCCAAGCCAGUACUGGUAAUGGAAACCACUGUUCCACAACUUGUGCCACUUCCUUCCUUGUCAACGCAGGAGAACCCUGAUAAAGAGCUCUCAGUAGGGAAGCACAAAUCAGGAAAACCAUCAGGUGCUACCCAGUCUUCUCAAGCCACUGAUCAGCUGCCUGUAAUAGUUGGUGAAGGUGGUGGAGCAUUUGUUUACGUGGGAAGUCGUCCACUACAUUGCUGUCCUACCUGUAGCAGGUGUUUCCAGUUCAAGCAUCACUUGCAGAGCCACAUGAACAGCCACAGUAACCUUCGGCCCUAUGUCUGCCCUGUGUGCAGGAAAGCUUAUGCUCACUCUGGCAGUCUGAGCACUCAUAUGAAGCUGCACCAUGCAGAAAGCAGACCCAGGAACAGCCUUUGCUGUGAGUUCUGUGAGAAGUUGUUUGGCUAUGUCGGCGUCUACUUCAGCCACUUAAGAGAGGUGCACAGAGUCAUACUUACUGUGGAACCAUCCAUCAGUCAACACGAGGAAAACAUGCCUAUAGAAGAAUCUUCAGAGGCUGAUGAACAGGCCUUAGAACAACAUGUUGACCCAGUCGAGCUACAGAUUAAGUGUGGCCGCUGCCAGGCCAUCACACCUACCUUUGCUGACAUGAAGCUGCACUUGCUCUACGUGCACGGUGAGGAGGUCCAGGUGCAACUGAGGGAGGGAGCUAUGUGCAGAGGUCGUGAAGCAGAAGAUGAACUGGUCAAACAUGCGGCACAUUACUGGAGGCAGCUUAAAGAGAAACGCAGCCGAGUGCACUGCGGCACCUGCGAUGAGGAGUUCUUCUCAUUUUCCAAGUUCAAGCGGCACCUCCCCUCUCACCAUCAAGGAGCCAGAGAGAGUCAAAAAGAGGAGGAAGUGGAUGGGUUAGUGGAGAAGAAGGACCGUGUAUUAAAGGGUUUCAGUAAAGCUGUAACGUUGAGGGUGGGGUCCAAUUUUAACUGCAUCCUUUGCAGUAAGGUGUUCAACAAGAAACUGGAAGUUAUGGAGCAUUGGGGGGCACAGCACAAUUGUGAAAACCCCACCUUUCUAUGGGAUGUCCUGGACUUCAAGGGGAAGAACAUGCCUACUGAUGGGCCAAAUUAACUGCAAAUGGGUAAUUUAUUAUUUUCUCGAUGCAGUUAGGUGAAUGCAAAAACAAUCCACUAAUAGACUCACUCAGUAUUAUAUUUUCAGUGUUGUCUUUUGCACUGUUUUUUUAUUUUAUUAUUAUUUAUAACCUCGUUGUUUUGUAAUGCUUGAAUUUUUAAUGUUUAUUUGUUUGUUUGAUAAUUUUAUUUUAUUUUAUUUUGAGUUUUUAUGUAUAGCAGCAUGGAAUACUGACAUAAAACUCAAAUCUCCAAAAUUCAUUCACAAACAUUAUGAUGGCCCAGGUGCAGAGGUAAGAUAAAUGCCAGCAAAUGAGAGACCCAAGGAUGAUAAUCACAAUGUAAGGUUUGUGGAAAUGUUUUGUGUAAGUGCUUCAGUUGUGUGAAUUAUGUGAAAUAGACUUUAAAAAAAAAAAUGCAGGCUCAUCAAAAACACUUCGUCACUCAAACAAAUUGAAAAUUUGCAAUACACUGAAUACAAAUGGAGCAUGAUUAGAAUGCUUGAAAUAACAUUUGAAGUAACAACAAAUUAUCAGUGACAUUUCACAAACACAUACAUAAUCACACAAUUUCAGUCCUUAUUCCACAACUAAAAUAAAUGCUGCCAGAAAAUCUCUGCCAAGAGUAAUUUGUCUUAGGCAGAGAGAUCCACAAAUAAGGAUUAAAAAAUAUCCCUAAAAAAGAAAGGAAAAUCCUUAACUAUUAGGUCUAGUAUGAAUGUGUGUUUUAUGAAUGUUAAGAGUUGUGUUUUUGGAUGGAAAUGUAUGUUUUAAAAUAUUUCUUUCCUUGGUGAAAUGAAUUGUGGUGAUUUAUUUAAAUUAUCAGUCUGUUGAAACAUACAAAUUAUAUAAAAUAUAUAUAACAGGGUAAUGGAAUGUUUAAAAAAAGAAUUAGUUAUAUAUGUGUACUUGUAUAGAUAGAUAGAUAGAUUAAUAUAUAUAUAUAUAUAUAUAUAUAUAUAUAUAUAUAUAUAUAUAUUAAUCUAAAUAUAUUUAGCUGUAUAUUGAGAAUAUAUAUUUACACAGAAGACAGUGAUCUUGCCCUGCUGAAUUCUCAUGAGAAAUGAGCAAUUAAAAUAACUGAACCAUUUUAAUAACGUACUAGCAUAAAUGUAGCUGCAACUGUUCUGUAAACCAUCAUCUGCUUGAACAGGUGCUGUGUUAAACCAAGAACUGAUGAUGUUCACUAACAUUCAUGUUCUUUAAAAGGUACAAAAUAACUCGAAAUCCCAAAGUACCAUUUAUGUUUGCUUUUCAAAGUUGAAUUCUGACAGAUAAUUUAAAGUUAAUAAUGUUGAUCUUGAAUAUCAGUAAUCAAAGAGAAGGGACAACUGCUGUUUGUCUGGUCUGAAAAACCCAUUAAAUGUUUUGAUUGUGGAUCUUGUCUUUGGUGGAUUUUUCCAGACUUAAAUCUGAUUUUCAUUUAAAAAGAAAAUUAAAUGAAAUAUUUUUAAAGUGGUGAUUUUUAUGGAUAAAAACAUUUAAGCCAUUUUAGAUGCUGUACUUAGCAUAUUCUUCAAUAUUCUAAGCCAUUAGAGUAAUGCCACAGCUGUCUGAUUGUUUGGCAUAGGAACAUUUUAGCAUUUCCUGUUCUGAAGAUGAUCUUUUCCCUGCCACUGUGAUAAAGUUGUCUGCGGCUUUGGCUAAAGUAAGCCCACAGUAGCAUCUGUGCUAGAAAGAACAUCCCUAAACCAUAGAUUAUUGGUGCCUAAAUAAAGACAAAUUGAACUAAAAUAAUAUUUGGUGU